GCUGUGUGGAUGCCCUCUGGUUGCCGUGGUGCUGUGUGGAUGCUCUCUGGUUGCCGUGGUGCCGUGCGGAUGCCCUCUGUCCUCUCCACACCUCCCUCCGUCCACAUCUCUCCAUCCGUGUGUUGCUCCAUCUACUCGCUCUCUCGUUCUCUCGGCCGCCGUGGAAGAGCACAAUGAUCUCCCUGCUGACCCUUGCGUCUGUUGUCCUCCUGGCCUCAGUGCCCCAGGCGGAGUCCAUCGUGAUCUACACGGGCUGGGAGCGGCAUGCCCUGGUGGGCUCGGACGUGCGGCUGUCCUGCUCCUUCUUCUCCUGGCGCUGGACCUCUGAGGACGUGACCUUCAGCUGGAGCUACCGGCCCGACGGAGCCAAGGACCCCAUCUCAAUUUUCCACUACGCGGGUGGGUCUCCGUAUUUGGACAAUAAAGGCCCGUUCCAUGACCGCCUGGAGUUCGUGGGGAACCCGGCAAGAAGAGAUGGUUCCAUAAUCAUACGGAACCUGGACUUCAGCGACAAUGGAACCUUCACUUGUGAUGCCAAGAACCCGCCAGAUAUUGUGGGCAGGCCGUCUAGCGUACGACUCCUGGUAUUCGAGAAAGUUCCGGUCCAGGCCGGUGUGAUCACAGGGGCCAUCAUCGGCGUGGUGCUGGGUCUGCUGGUGCUCGUCGUGGUCAUCUACUACCUGAUGCGUUUCCUGGUGGCUCGGCGCGUUUUCACGCUCAGUGUGAGCAAAAAGAAAGGAAAGGGGAAGGAGGGAUCACAGCAAAAACAGAUUUUCUGAGUGUUUGUUUCCUGGUGUCUGCUGCCUGUCUAUCACCUGCCUCCCGUCCAAUAACAUGCCCACACCACCAUGCAAGCCCCUCCCACAUCAACACAUCACUUCCUCCCACGCCCACACAGCCAUGCAAACUCCUCCCACAUGUUCACUGGUGCUAUUUUAUCACUUCCUCCCAUGCCCACAUCAGCCUGCCCCUCCACACACACACACACACACACACACACACACACACACACAUACACACACUGACAGUGAUCCAUGUCACUGCUGCAACCUUCUCUGGUGGAAAUCUGACCCCAGGGUUCAGCAGUCAGUCCUGGGCCUGAAACAUCAGCUGUAACUAACACACACACACACACACACACACACACACACACACACACACACACACACACACACACACACACUGCCCUCAGCUGCUGAGGGAGCUCAUCUCUGCUGUGAGAAAAAGAGACAGGCUGAGAGAGAGUGGGAAAGAGAGGGAGAGAGAGAGGGUGGCAGGGGAGAGAGGGAGGGAG